AGACUGAGUCUGUGGCGUAAGUCUAAGUAAAGAUGUCUGGCUGUCUGUUUCUUCACUGACUUUUCUUUUACAUUUAAUAUCAGUACGUACAUAUUUGUAAUGGCAGACCCACUGAUCUACAUACUUGUGACUUUUACUAAAAGUGGAGAAUUGGGCAUUGGUACAUUGGAGGCCAUAGCAGUGCCGAAAGAUUUCCAUGACCAUAGUUUCGAUGAUCAGCUCGAGCAAUUAAAAGGUUUUGUUGGAACAAAAAAAGUUUUUGGGAUCAAUUGGCCUAAGUUUCCCAGCAAUCCUGGUUGGAACCUACCCGUUGAGUUGACUAACAAAUCUAGAUCCCAAGUUCAACAUGACAUGAGAUCAUGUACAGUUAUCUCGUACUCAGAGGACAUGGAUGUGGUGGUGGCAGUACGAGAUGCCAUGGUGCCUCCUAUCAGUGUUCAAAAGCCAGUAGCCAAAAAAUCAGCCCCGAAGUCAUCUGCAACUCAGAAACAUGGCACUGGCCAUAAAUCUACCUCUCCACCACGUAACUUGCCAGUUGAAAAGUCAUCAACAGCUAUUAGGAAGACUAUGGACAUCCCAGAAGAAGACAUGGAGGGGUUAGAUUGCCAGUUGAUCACUGGGGGAAAUGAAGAAAAGUCCGAUACAUCUGCUGACAGCAGCCUUCAUCAUGAUGAUGAUCAGCAAGGAAUUUUUUCUUCAGAAUCAGAGUCUGACGAAGAUUUGAUUCCUCCGCCUCCAACGAAGAGAAAACGUAGCAAUCCGUCUGUCAAAUCAUUGGGCAACACCAAAUCUAAGAGAAAUUCAAGUCACCACAAGGAAAAUUCAUUUGUCACACCAAAAAGAAACGAAAAGUCAUCAGCGAAGAAUUCUUCUUUGAACGAAGAAUACUUCUUUGGACGUCAACAUAGUUGACACCCCCCCCAAGUUCCACAACAAAAGAAAACCCGAAGCGUGUGCUGGACGAACCAUUGACGGAGCCAGUUAAUGCUGACGUGCAAGACGACGUUUAUGUGCAGCCCCACUUUCGACUUCAACAGAUUUCCUGUCCUUUCAGUCAUUCAUUCUUUUCUUUUUCAAUUUUCUACUUUUUUUAUGUUUCAUUUUCAACUUCUUUGAAUAAUCUCCUCCAUCGCGCAGCAUGGUCACCUCGACACAACUUUAUUUACUCUUUUCCGAUGACCCUCCCAUCCUCUCUCUAUCAUCCUUUCAGCUUCUUAAGAUGUCAUUUUUUUCCCUGCCGUUUCUCUCUUCUAAUUCAAAGUUAAUUGUACCGGAUUGUACGUAUAUUCGUUACGUUUUAGUUAACGUCAUUUCAAAAACAUAGAAUCGUGUCGUAAUUGAUUGAGUUUCGAGUCCAUGUUGCCGUGAAAACUCUCGAGCAAGAGUUCAGUGUGUUGACGAGAAAACUCCCCUCCUCCAUCUCCUACAUUUUCCUCAUUUGUAAUACAGGUUGACUGUAAAGUUUAAAUGUCGGGCAGUCUGUCCAUUUGCUCGUCGACGACACCUCCGACGAAUUGCCGUUGCUGAAAAUUGUCAUUUUUUAUUGAUGUUAAAUUGAAUUAACGCGGAAGUGGCCAACAUUGAACUUAGAUAUUGCUCGUAUUCUUAUUGUGUUCAUUUUAAAUGUAAAAAUUUAUGUGUGGUGUAUUUUAAUCGAUGUCCCUCCAAGGCCUACUUGUAACAUGGAAAAGAAUUUGAUUAAACCAAUGAUGGUUUAAUUUCAAUACAAAGAUUUCAGUUCCUUUAAA